AUGGGGAACAAACUCAGCUGCUGCUGGAAGCCCAAUGCCAGCCGCCGGUGGGGCCGGGACUCUAAGUCGGUGCAUCCGGCCUCUGAGUCCUGUGACCAUGACCGUGAGACGGGCCGAGCUGAUGAGGAUUUUGAGUUCUUGGAUUUCAUGUUCACCAAAGGCGUCCCUGUGCUGCGCCUCAGUGACCUGCAAUUGCCCGAAGGGUCUCUAAAAGUUACUGUCAUCUCUGUAACACCACUGCAGGUGUCUCCUGAUCACCUUAGGGAAAAGUACAGCUCGUGUGCAACAUUAUAUGUGGACAGCACUAUUUCUCAGUCUGAUCUGAGACUCACCUUGCAGUGCCUAGCAUUAGCAAUAUAUCACCACAUAAGGAACAGAAAUGCAAAUAGAUCCAAGGACAUUUUUGAUGAGAGGAUCCAUCCUUUCACUCAGAACAUGGUUCAGGAGGAGCACUUUACACACAAUCCUGAUCCUGAAUCUAUUUACCGAUUUAUUCACCCGUUUUUUAUCUCUAUAAGUGUAACAGCCGGUUACGCAAUAUCAACUUUGAUUUACAUAGAAAGACUUUUAACAUAUGCUGAAAUCGACAUUUGCCCAACUAACUGGAAACGAAUUGUUUUCGGCGCCAUUGUUCUGGCUUUCAAGUAUUGGCACGAUCUGGAUAUAUCAACUUCAAUAUUCUGUCGAAUCUGCAAGGGCAUUACAGCCAAGGACUUAAGUGAAUUGGAAAGGCACUACUUUUAUCUACUACAGUUUAGUCUUAAUGUUUCUCUCAGUGUCUAUGCCAAAUACUAUUUUGACCUUCGGUCCUUAGCAAGUGACCAUGGAUUGUUGCCUAUUGCGUUUGCUCCUCUUGGAAAAGAAAGAGCACUGAACCUAGAGGCCAUUUCCAGAUAUUGUGAAAACAAAAACCUGUGCAGGGUGGCCAUAAAAAAAUCUGGCAGCUGUGCUAACCUUACUGAUGUGCAGCAUGCCGAUGCCAUCUUAUCUUAAGGAGGAAUGAGGGCUGUGACAUGAUGAGCCCCUCAUCUGCAAGGACUGGAGAAGAAUCACCACUCCUGCUCCAAUCCCAGCUAAGUUAUUUCCUUUUAAGGGAGACAGGGGGGUAUUGACAUAAUGAAUUUCUCAUCUACCGAAACAAGGACUGUUGAAAUAUAAUAUUCCCUAUUCUGGCAAGUUUAGUAUUUCCUCUUAAAAAUAAGUGAAAGGUUUUAACCUGAUGAGGAUAUUUUUUAGCCUAUGCUUAAUUUAUGAUCCUUAGUAUUUUUCAUUUCCCUUUUGAUUAUUUUUAUUACUAGAGGAUAUUACAUUUGUUUAAUUUUGUUUUCAUUUUUGGGUAAAAAGGAAAUGUCUAUCUUAAACUUCUAAAAAGUUCUAGUUAAUCUCACAAUUGACAAUCUCUUUUGAGCUUUAGAACUCUCAUUUAGAAAAUUUAAAGUAUUUCUAUACACUAUAGUUUCAAAUGCUUUAAUGUUUACUUUGAUAUUGGGGAAAAAUGGACUUCUUAGACAUAAGGAAAUGUCUUAAAUAUUUUUCAUUGCUUCUUAGAGUAAAAUGGGCACUUUCUCCCCCCCCCCCCCAUUAUGUGUUCUUUGAAUUCCUUCUCAACUUUUUGGACAUUGUUGCUGUAUAUGAAUUAUUUUAAAAUAAUUUUAGUUCUGAGUUUUCAUUAUAGUUUUUCAGACAUUGACAAUUUCUCUACUUUUUAAGUUGAUUUUAGAGAAGAAGGGAAAGAGGAAGAAACAUAGAUGUGAGAGAGAAACAUCCAUUGGUUGCCUCCCAGAUAGUCCCCAAGACAUGGGAUCAAGCCCAAAACCUGCACAUGCGCCCUGAUUGGGAACUAAACCCACAACCCUUUAGUUAAUGGGAAGGCACUCCAACCAUUGGACCCAGCCAGGUCAAAGAUUUCUCUUUAAAAGAAAUUCAAUAACAACUAUUCUUAUUAUAAAAAUCAUAUAUUUUAUGGUCUUUAGCCUUUGAAAAUUGUUAUGUAACUGGCCUAAAAACUGCCAGAAUGAAGUCAUGGAAAGGAGAUUUCUGGUGGUACAGAAGCUAGAUAUAAAGGGUGCUGUUCCAUAUUACUUUCCAGGACCAUCUUACUAGCAGGUACCUUUUGGUAAUUGGUAAUUCCAAUGGCUUAUCUAUAUAUAUAAAAGGCUAAGUAACCAACCAUCCAU